AGGGCGCACCUGCACCGCCCGCGGCACCGCCCCCCGCUCCGCCUCGGCACGGCCCGGACGGGCCAUAAGAGAGGGGCGGCGGGGCCGGGCUGCUCAUGCUGGCGGCGGGAGGCGGCAGCGGCGCUGGGGCAUCUCUGCCCGCCGCCGCCAUGAAGUCUCCUGCAGCCCAGCGGCCGGCGGGGCAAGGGCCGGGGGAGGACGGCGGCGGGGGCCUGGCGGAGGCGCUGGGCGAGUUCGACGCGGUGCUGGCCGAGUUCUCCUGCCCCGCCGGCCGGCGCCGCUUCUACUACGGCGAGCACCUGGAGCGCAUGAAGCGGCGGAGCAGCGCCAGCGUCAGCGACGGCAGCGGCCUCAGCGACUCCGAGAGUGCAGAUUCACUCUACAGAAAUAGUUUCAGUCUCAGUGAUGAAAAGCUCAACUCUUCAACUGCAUCUACUCCAAGCUUGCCAUCUCCAUCUGUAACUCCAUGUAAAGCAAAGCUUGGAGACACAAAAGAACUGGAGGACUUCAUUGCUGACCUUGACAGAACACUAGCAAGUAUGUAAAAUCAAUUUUUGGCACUGUGCUUGCCUGUGGGUGUCCUCUGAAGGAUAAGUGACAUCAAUCCCUGAGAACUGCUGCCCUUGUCUGGUAACUUUGCUCCCCAAGAUACUCACCUUCUGCACGUAACCUUUGUAAACUCCUACAAAUAUUUAACUGUGGCAAUACCAAUUAUGUUGCAGCAGAUGGAAUAAGAUAAUUUAAAUGUUACAACUGUAUUUUGCUUUAAAAUAUAGUUUAAAUUGUAAUUUAAAGUUGCUUUUAUGCAAAUAUAUUUGUAAUUUUAUAUAGUUGAGAACUUUAAUGCUUUUUUCCAUGAUAAUAUAUUUUUAUAUGCAAAUAAAUUCUGAACUGGAA